GCCGGUCUCGACGGGCAGCGGAGGGGAGCAUCUUUUCUGGACAGGCUGUUGUUAGAGCGAGUCUGAGGCUGUGGAUGAAGACACGUUUCUGUUUUGGUUUAUUUUUAAUGCCGUUAAACCUGAGAUCACGAAGUGUCUGACGGCCGAUCGGGUCGGUCGCUCAGCAGAACGUCCCACCUGCUCCCAGGCGGCUGUCAGGUGAAGCCCCUGAGCCCCCAGGAUGGGAGCUGCUGUGACCAACUGAGCGCGUCGCCUGUGGCUGCAGCUCGGCCCGUUGGAUGGCCACAGGUUAGCCAGGUUCCGAGGACAGGUGAACAGGACACCAGGUGACGAGGAGGGGAGAUCACAUGGAAGCUGCGUGCCAUGGAGGUCAAAGGUCAACUCAUUUUAGCGCCUGAGCCCCUCACCUGUCCAAACAUGAAGCAAAAAGCACGAAUGGCUGAGCUGCAGGAGAGGAGGCGGAGCCUGCAGGCCCUGCUGAGCACCCGAUUGGCUGAGCUGAGGCGGAUCUGUCUCCAGGAGGCGGAGCUGACGGGGGCCGUCCCCACUGACUUCCCCCUGGAGGCGGGGGAGAAGCCGCCCUGCUUUCGCCGCCGGGGCGGGACGUCGCGUCAGGGGAACAGGAAGUGUCGAGUGGAGGAGGAAGAGUCUCAGCGAUCAAAAUCCAGAAAAACGUUAUUCAGCGCCGCCCUGAGGAAACACAGCGACUCCGACGGCGGGUCACACGCGCAGACGCAGUCGCACCACGGCAAGAGGACGGUGCACCGCGGCUGCCACACCGACGACACAGUCCGAUCAGAGAGCAGCUCGGCGUCAGACUCCACAGGAUAUGACAUCGACAACCCUGGGUCUCAGGUGCGCCCCCUACUGGGUUCAGCUGGAUCUCCUGUGGAGCUUUUUAACCAGAACAAAACCAAGAAGAACCCGUUCCUCAGCAGGACUGAGCAACGGGAGACCAACAAGCCCCCACCUCUCCCUCCGUCUCAUCCGCCCCCUCUUCCCCCCCGCUCUCAGGACUCCUCCUCCUCCUCGGAUGCCGGACGGGAGGGGGGGUGCAUAACAUCUCGUCAAAGUAACGGCUCAGACAGCCGCCUUUCCAACGUCCCUCCGUCGGGCGAAGAGGGCGGAGUUCAGCAAGUGGAGCUGUGGGUGAACGGGGCGACUGUAUCUCGGGGAACCAACGCCGCCGGGUCCUUCUGGGUCGCUGAAACACUGACCGAGAGACGAGUAAGAAAUAACCCCGGAGUCUCAGAGGGGGGGGGCAGAGGAGGCGGGACCGGGCAGGGAGGAGGGAAAGGAGCGGGGUACAGCGAGGUUCUGUUGGACUAUGUGUGGGAGAAACAGCGGCAGCUCCAGCGCCAGCAGUCUCAGCCCAGCAGACCGCCAAAGACAGCAAAGCACCCGCCACUCUAUAAUGGCUGCUCUGCCCAGCAGCCCCAAGGAGCUCCGCCUACCUACCGGGGUCACCAUGGUGACCAGCGCAGGGUUACUGUCAGCCGCACCAAGUCCUGCGGCCCAUUUCUGCCAGUGCAACAGAACCAGGGCGACCUCAACCAUCAGGCUCCAGACACCAUUCAGCCUGACCCCCACCCACACCUCUUACCCCCCCGCCCACCUCAGCUACCCCCCCAACAGGACUCCCAACUGGAGGAGGCCACCAAGAGCCUCCAUAAGGCCCUGGCCCUGGAAGGUUUAAGGGACUGGUACCUGAGGAACACCUUAGGAUCCGCCCACCAGAACCAGGCCAGUGGAAAUGUCUCAGCGGCUGCCACUGCUAAGCCAAGUUCCAGUGUCAAAGGUCAGCCUGGAGGUGGCGAUGCCCUCCAGCGAAGACGUACAGCUCACGGAGUCCUCCAGCAGGCGGGCUAUCAGAGCCAUCAGUGUGCUGCACCGCAUCACAAACAGACACUCCCGCACUCCGCCACUUUCCACGGGCACCCACUGCACGGCAGGUCUGUGGAUAACUCGCUCUACCAGGACUCCUUUCCCCCACAGAAACAGGAAGUCCCCCUCAGAGACUUUGUGGUGGACCAGCCAUCUCCUGGGACGCUGGUCUGAUCACCAACCAAUGAGAGGAAGGGGCUCGGACUGUUCCCAGGCUUAGGGUUCCAGCAACAUGCGAUCUGGCGAUGAUGGUUCAGCUUAACCAGAUCCAGGUGUCAAGCAGCAGACCAGCAAACUACAAGCAGAUCAACGGGUCAUGAAGAAUCAGGUCUGUCCACCCGUACAGUCCAUGCACCUUAAAGACUAGUUCAUCCCGCAGAAACUUCCCCCUGAGGGGUUCCAUGGCUGAAGACCAUCUGAAAGAGUCCUCCUGGUCCCAAAUCAAGGCCCAACUGACCAGCGAUGGUUUGUCACUGUUUGAGAGAACGUGAAACCUUACAAAGUCCACCAGCUUUUGGUCAAGAAGGAACCCUGCUGCAGGGAGAAAGAGGCUUUCACUUUUUGGAGUUUACUGGACUUCUACAGAAACCGGCCAGACCUUUAGCUCACCGAAAGCUGGAAACUGUUAACUGGUUCUUGUAUAACCACAGCUGGACUGUGGAUUAAACGCGGUCCAGGUUCUGGGGUUGUGGCACCAGUCUGAUCCUGGUCCUCAUCCUUGUUCAAAGCUUUGGCCCCAGCUCUGCUCAGACAAUCAGGCUUUUUCUAAGCCAGUUGGGGUGGAACAUGCACUCCUCCAAAGACUGAUCACCAGCUGACAUCACCAGCCCCGAUCAGGUCAGGUGACUUACCUGGUAAAUCCUCAGGUGAGUCCAGACCCGAAGCGUUGUUAACCUUGCAUUUUGGACUCAGAUUUCCUGCACUAUGAGUUUCAUCCUCAAACCAGCAAGACCUGGACCUCAACAGGAUCGCCCGGGCCUGGGACUGUUCAGACUAGACGGAACCAGACCUUCUUCAGGGAAACGGGUCUGGUCCUGCAAUGAGACAAUCCAGAUCUACAGCAACCUGGAGGCAACCCUUUUGCGGAUCCAGAUCCAAAGCCAGAUCCAGAUUAAAUUUUUAUCCUGACUCAGGUUCUGGAUCCAGUUCCAAGUUCAGGUCAUAAUCAGGAUCCAGGAUCCACAUCCAGGUUUAGUCUGAAGCAAUAAGAGGAGCUUCAAGUUUCAAUUGGAUCUUUCAAAGACCCGCAGAACCCCAAAAACGAUCAGAGCGACAAUCAGACGAUGAUGUCACAGCGUUGAUUGAUUUUCUUACUGAUCAACCGUUUGAUCAUGUUUUCUACUUAUCUGCUGUCAUAUGAUUUUCUACAAAUGUUUAUAAUUAAAAUCCUCCUUAAUUCAGGAGGUUUACUCUGUUGAUAAAAAUCCAUAGCCUUGUUUGGUUCUACACACCUGUACUGUUCUACACCUGGGUACCGUUUCACAAAGCAGGUUUUCUAAAUCUGAAAUCAGGAAAACUCUGGGGUUUUAGUUUUACAUUGAGUUUCCUCAACCUCUGUUUCUGUUGCCAUAGCAACAUUCUCCUGGGAGCUAACCUGGUCAGGAGCAGGUUUUCCUCAUUAAACUCAGUGUCCUCUGUCUUCGCUCUCCUUACAGCCAAUCAUGAUGUUUUAUUUCCUGAUUUAACCAGAAUAUUGGAACUCAGAGAGUUGGACCCAGAAUUCAGGCA